CAACUCAAAGAAAAAUGAAAGCCAGCUAAGAACUUACAAGUUAUUAUAAACUAAUGUUUGAGCCUCAAAUUGCUUGGCUUCAAAUGGUGGCAGACCUAAAAGGAAAAGGAAAAAAGAAGACUUGGAAAUUAAAAAAAGGUGCAUCCAUUAAAGGGAUCUUAAAUGUUUGCCUAGAGAUCAACAAAGUAAACCGAGAAAGAAAUAACUUGCUUACUCUCCUCCAACUACCAUAUAUACAUAGGUUUGUGAAUGAUGGAUCAUCAGAAGGUAACCUUCAGAAAAGAGGAGAUAUAAUGGCAGCAAAACCAUUGAUCAGUCGCAAGAAUUCUCUGCGUCCAUGUGUGAAGCAUUUCAGCCAUUCACAUCCAUUACGUCCAGUUGAUGUGAGAGAAGAAGAGGAAAUUAUAUGUUCAGGUUGUGAGCUAGACCUUUCAGGUUCUGCUUACAAGUGCACAAAGUCCACAUGCGAUUUCUUCCUUCACAAGUCCUGCUUUGAAUUGCCGCGAGAGCUCGAACACACCUCUCACCCUCAACAUUUACUUGCCCUUCUUUCUUCCCCUCCUGGUGAUGAUUCCAAGUUCACUUGUAAUGCUUGUGGUGAUUAUGGUACUUCUUUUGCUUAUCAUUGCGCUACUUGCCAAUUCAACCUCCAUGUUGGGUGUGCUUUCUUGCCCAAAACCAUGAAGCAUGUAGACCACAAUCACCCACUUACUCUUUUGUAUUCCACUAAUUUUCUGGACAAGGAGGGCCUAGUCUUCACCUGUGAUGUCUGCAGGAAAGAAGUUUCUCAGACCAGCUGGGUCUACUAUUGUCUAGAUUGCGAUUAUGGUACUGACCUACAUUGCACAACUCCGGCUGAGUGUUGAAGAGAAGCCAACAGGAAGCUCUAGAUCAUGCUUGAAAACUAGAAGCUGCUGCUGCCUCAGCAUUUUUGUUGAUGUGCUUGGAUUGUUCUGUGCUUAUCUUUAUUAACCCUUUACAUAUUUGGCUUGAUUUAUUUUAUUUGAUUGUUUUUUUCCUUA